AUGUCUUUUGAAGAUGAAAAUAUGGGCUUUUGGAAAAAUGGUUGCUUUAAUGAUUAUAUUAGCAAUGAGUUAGAAUGCGAUGAUCCUGAUAAAGAUUACAUAUUGCUUGAAAAUGAUGAUUAUAGUAUUACAACUGAUAAUACAAGCGAAAUUCCAUCAACACCUGUAACAACCAUCAAUGAUGAUAAUUGUAUUCAUGAAUUUUUAUUUGAUUAUAAAGCAUUACAAAAUGCUAAAGAAAAAAUUAUUGAAAAAGAUUCUGUUUCAACAAUGGCUGGCUCUAAUACAGAUAAAGACUAUCGAAUAGAUGAUACUGAUAUAGAAAAUAAAAACCUUAUACUAUGUGUUUUAGUAGAUGUAUAUAAUGGAAAAGUGAAACGUUGUCUGAAUUAUGAAAAACUAGGACAUGCUCUCCGUCCCCUUCAUCAAUUAAUAGGAACAUGA